GCAGACUUUCACUCCCAACCUUGUCUCCAAUGGCGGCCACGGCCGCGGCGGCGACGCUCGCGGCGGCCACCUCCUCCUUCCUCCGGCGCUCCCCCUUGCUGCGGCCGCACGGGUUCCGGGUCGCCCGCGACUUCGCUCCCCGAAGGUUUGUGCGCCAAGCUGCUUCAUCAACGAAUGAAGAGGCUGCUGCCAGAGCAGCGGCAGCGACUGCUGAUACUGGUGGACCAACCAUUUUUGACAAAAUCAUUGCAAAGGAAAUCCCUUCAAGCAUUGUAUAUGAGGAUGAGAAAGUGUUGGCAUUUAGAGAUAUUAAUCCACAAGCUCCUGUGCAUGUUCUUGUCAUCCCAAAGCUAAGAGAUGGGCUAACUGGGCUUGAUAAGGCUGAACCAAGGCAUGCUGAUAUUCUGGGGCAGCUUCUUUAUGCGGCAAAAGUAGUAGCUGAGAAGGAAGGCGUGGCAGAUGGAUACCGCGUCGUCAUAAACAAUGGAGCAGAAGGAUGUCAAUCGGUCUAUCAUCUGCACGUGCAUGUACUUGGCGGACGGCAGAUGAAAUGGCCUCCUGGUUAAAUUUAAGAACAUUAGAACAAUGUACGUUUUUGUGCUCCUGUAUGAUCGAUCAUAGACUACUCAUGUAAU